AUGAUGACUUCCUCGAUCAUCUCCAUUAUGAUCGGAGUGUCCGUCUGCGAUUUUGUGUUCAUGCUCUCGACAAUUGAGUCCAGUGGAGCAAUGUUCGACGAGCAAGGAACGGAUUGGUAUGUUUACCCUGCAUUCAAAACGAUGUAUCUCAGCUGCCGCAAGAGAUAUCAAAAAGUUGUCAACUGCUAAAAUGUGCAAAAUGCAUUUCUGAACAAUUUCUCAAUUGACAACUUUUUGAUAUCUCCACUCACAGCUGAGAUAUACCGUUUUGAACGGACGGUAUUGGGGCGCUCUUCUAUUACAGUACUACUCGCGAUAUGUUUAGUACAGUAAGCCAUUACAGUAACCCUCCGGUCACUCUUCUCGUUUUCCAUCUCUACUGGCUGUUCAUAGUCAUUCGCGACCUCGUCCGCCGCACUUCCACGUGGCUCGGAAUGCUCAUGGCUCUAAUCCGCUACAUUAUGAUCCGAUUCAGCGCGAAACCUUGCGCACACUCCGUCUCCAAACUCUCGUUCGGAUUGUAUUCCUUUUUGACGUGCACUGUUUUUAGCUCAAUCUCCGCUUUUCUCUACUACUUCCGAUAUGAUAUUGUCGAGAACGGAGCGUGGACGCCGAAGCAAACGUGAGUAGAUAAUAGUGGAAAAGUCGCUGAAAGUUAUUGACAUGAUUCAGGUGCACAGACAUUCCCUUGACUAUCGUACUCCCGGUCUACGCACAAACGCCAUCAGCUCUAUUCAAAAUGAACAAUGAAAUCAUCGGAAAGCUGUUCAUGCUGAUCAAUGGCAUCAUUUCAAAGGUAGCCUAGUACAUGUGUGUCGAAAGUACCAUGGAUUCAGAUAAUCCCUUGCAUCCUCCUCCCUCUUCUUACUUUUCUGCUCAUUUUGGAGAUCCGAAAAACAGAGGGCAUCAAGCGGUUAUCCAACGCUUCCCGGCGGCGAGCAUCGUAAGUGUCAAGCGUGAAAAAACCUGCCGACCCUCCGAGUUCUGCAGUUGCGGCCGUGGCCUAGAAAAAAGGAUUUUUCAUAAAAUUCUAGAAUACAUGAGUUUCCUAGGCCACGGCCCCAACUCUUACCGCUUGCUGUUCCGUUCGUUAACAUUUUUGAGAGCUCGGACUUCUGGAUCCACUGGUUGAUCCAUUUCGGAACAAACUUGCAGAAGGGAACGAACAACGUGGCUGGUCAUCUUCCUGACCGUCACCUUUUUCAUCGCAGAACUGCCCAUCGGAAUCGUCUACGUUCUCCAGGUGGCCUACACCGAUCUCGGAUACUUGUGAGCCCUCAAACAAUCAGCAAAUCGAAACGAGAAGCUCAGGUACAUGGCCACCUUUGUGACUCACAUUUGCAAUGCGAUUUUCACCGUCAAUGCGGCACUCCACUGCCUCAUCUGCUUCCUCAUGUCUUCGCAGUAUCAGAAGACGGUGGCGGCACUGUUUCGAAUGAAUGUUGGUCACUUGUCAGUCGUGAGCAGUGCUCAAAUGUAGAGGAUUGUCAGGGAACAAGGCAAUUGAAUUUGUUUACAGUAAAGAAUUGAAAUGCUCUUGAAAUCAUCAUUGAAACCAGGGCUGCGCAAAUUUUGGGAUCAUGCAAAAGUCUUUUGGGCAGAAAGAUCCGACUGGAUUGUUCCGGAACUCCGCCAACUCCAGACGUCUCAUAGUGAGCAAAAUGUAUAGAUUUAAUUGAGAAAAUAAAUUAAAAUACGAUUCGUCACUAUCAGAGAGCCACGCGACCCGACCCGACACGAACGUGUUCCGGUCGCGUCGGUCAUCGCCGAUAAGAUCUUUUGCGCGGGGUAUAAAGGGGCGGCGAGAGCCCGAAACGAAUCAGUAUCGAAUACCAAAUCAAGCGACGAGCGACGAUGACUUCUGCUUAUUUCGGAGUCGCUGGCGGAGGGAACGCUGGUGCACAAUCGGCAUAUUUCGGAGUUGGCGGAGGACCUGCUGGAGGCGGAGGAGCGCCGAAGAUUGGAGGAGGGGCGCCGGCGCCCGCUGGAACAUCGUGCUACCUGGGAGCUGGAGUCGGUGGAGGUGGUGGAGGAGGAGCCACGUCGGCCUACUUUUCGGUCACCCCGACUGCUGGAGGAGCCGCGCCGUGCGGAGGAGCAGCACCCGCUCCAUUCGCACCGCCACGUAAGAUCAUCAACCCAUUUAGGAAUUUGACUUGUUUGUUUCAGCGGUCGCCGCCGGAGGUGGAGCGUCUACGAUGACGGCCGUGGGACAGCCAGCUGCCGGAGGAGGUGCCUCAACGAUGACUGCCGUCGGAGGUGCACCGAGAGGAGCGUCGACGAUGACUGCCGUGGGUGGAGCGCCGAUCGGAGGUGGAGGAGCGUCGACAAUGACUGCCGUCGGAGGAGCACCAGUCGGCGGUGGCGGAGCUAGCACCAUGACGGCCGUCGGAGGAAUGCCAGCCGGUGGAGGUGCUUCGACGAUGACCGCUGUCGGCGGAGCGCCGAGAGGAGCGUCGACGAUGACUGCCGUCGGAGGAGCGCCGAUGGGUGGAGGCGCCAGCACCAUGACCGCUGUGGGAGGAGCUCCGAUUGGUGGUGGAGGUACGGUUUCUUAGACCUCACAGACACAUCUAAAUCUGGAUCUCUCUUUCAGGAGCUUCGACUAUGACGGCUGUCGGCGGUGUCCCGAUGGGUGGAGGCGCGAGCACGAUGACUGCCGUGGGAGGAGCGCCAAUUGGUGGAGGUGCAAGCACCAUGACGGCUGUCGGAGGAGCGCCACGUGGCGCGUCGACGAUGACUGCCGUUGGAGGAGCUCCGAUGGGUGGUGGAGCCAGCACGAUGACGGCUGUUGGCGGAGCUCCGAUGGGCGGUGGAGCCAGCACCAUGACGGCUGUCGGCGGAGUUCCGAUGGGCGGUGGAGCUAGCACGAUGACGGCUGUCGGUGGAGCCCCGGGAGGAGGAGCAUCGACGAUGACGGCGGUUGGAGGAGCGCCACGCGGAGCAUCUACGAUGACCGCGGUUGGUGGAGCCCCGAUUGGAGGCGGUGCGAGCACGAUGACUGCCGUCGGAGGAGUCGGCGCCCCGAUGGGUGGAGGAGCGUCUACGAUGACUGCGGUCGGAGGAGUCGCUGCCGGCGGAGGAGGAGCCAGCACGAUGACUGCCGUUGGAGGAGCGCCACGUGGUUGGAUUCUUGUUACCCAAAAUGAUUAUACAAUGUUGUUUUCCAGGAGCUUCGACGAUGACUGCCGUCGGUCAACCGGGAGCAGCCGCUCCAAUUCCAGCUGCGCCAAUGGCCCCGAUGGCCCCGAUGGGUGGAGGUGGUGGUGGCGGUGCCACUUCGGCCUAUUUCGGAGUCGGAGCAUCGGGAGGCGGCGGUGGAGGAGCCCAAUCGGCGUACUUCGGAGUCACUGGAGGCGGUGGAGGCGGAGGAUCGGCCCCGAAGAUCGGAGGAGGAGGCGGCGGUGGCGGAAUCCCUGGACAGUCCGUCUACAUGGGAGCUGGAGGAGCCGGAGGAGGCGGCGGCGGCGGAGCCACGUCUGCGUACUUCGCGCCGAAGUGA